AGGUUGCCUUUUUAUUUUUAUAUUUUACUAUACUAGUUUUUUUCUUUUGUAGGACAUCAAAGACCGAACCUGUGCCAGGCGAAGUUAGUGACCCUCGAGAUGACCGUGUAAGUCAUCCUCGAAGUCAUCUUGACUUUCCGUACCAACAACUCCCAGUUCAAGUCCGUGCUGCCAAAAGAGGCGGCAGUCAGACUGUUAUGGGUUCACAAUUUUACAGCUACCAAAGGAAGAGCUAUUUUGGCGAUGUUGUCGAAGACAUAGUCACUUCACUUGUCAUACCAGAUACUAGAACCAUUACUCACCAAGAGUUUUGGAACAUCAUUCUUCAUCAGAAAAUUCCAGUGACUACAUGUCUACUAGCAGUAAUGGGUCUACCUAGCACAGGAAAGACAACUCUCAUUAAUGAGAUGCUCAGCAAAUUUAUAAAAUUGAAACCGGAAGCAAAAUGGAGCUUUGAGGAAUACAUGGGGAGGACAAGGAAUGACCGGUGUCUUUCAAUCUACGAGUUGUGUGUGCUUGGUGGUUUACCACAUGAUAAGUACGCAUGGUCCUUUGCCACUAAUCGUUUUGGUGCCAUUUAUUCCAUCAUUUGCUCUCUUUUACGUCAAGAUCCUUCAAUUGCUAGUGCUAAUUUUGAGCCUACCGAGCAAGGCCCAAAAUUUUUUUAUGAUGAGCAUGUUCAAUGGCUAAUGGAUCAAGUCAGUAAGCACUUGAAAAAUAUAGAAAAUGAACGAAGCAAGCUGACCCUCAUUCAAGAUGGCCUCUCGCUUAUUAAUGUAAUGGAUGUUGGUGUCAAUAAAGCUCUUUACGAUUUUCUGUCUAUUGUAUUGCUCUCUUGCCACAAACACUUUCGUCUUGCUUUCUUUUCGUUGAAUAGAGAUGCACCUAACCUUCAUAAGAAACCUGACCUACCUCAUGAUCGUUAUGGAGAAAGAAAAGAUGAUGUAUUAGUUAUGAGACACAGGUCACGUUUAACAUACCUCCUCCAUUUUGCUACCCUUGGAUAUAAAGAUGAGACUGACGUUAAUAACACAGUUAUAGUUGCUACAAAUAUUUGCACUGAAGAAUCAGAUGUCUCUGAGAAAGAUACUUUCGAAAAUGCUAAAAAAGCAAUACUGGAAGAAGCAAAAAAGCAACAUGUGGAUAAGUUCAUUAAUGAAGUGCAACUUCUCAACCUGGAUGCUGACUCUGGCACAAUGAAGAAUCUAGGACAGACUCUUCAAGAUAUCAUCAAGAAUAUGAAGCAGUAUAAAGUUGAACUUCCACUGUGCUGGAUAAUAUUGCGAAGUCUCAUUUCUUCUUUAACAGCUCUACAUCAAGGCCAAUCCAACCUGAUGAUUAUGCAUAAAGAUUUUAUUAUCAAAGAAGCUUGGAACUUGGAAAUGAAACCCGACGAUGUGGAAGAUUUUCUAACCACUUUCACUGAUUUUGGCAGCAUUUUAUAUAUGCCUCAAUUUGAGUCUCUUAGAAAUAUUGUCAUUGUUGACAUUUUCGAGUUUACACAAUGUCUAAAUGAGCUUUUCUAUCCAACUAAGGAAAGAGAAUAUGCUGCACUUCUACUGAAAUAUGGAAUUAUAUCGCAUAAUGAUAUUAAAAGUAUAGUUCAUUUUCAAGUUAUAGAUGAUUUUAUGGAGAUUCUUUCUUCAUUUGCAAUGGUAACUGAAAUCAGUACUGGCAAAUCAGUUAUUGUGGAAGGAAAAUCUCUUCAACCUGAGCCACGCUAUUACUAUUUGCCAUCAGCACGAAUUGGCAGUUUGUACACUCUUCCAACCAAUAAAGAUUACGCUUUACUUGAAGUAAAAAGUGUUACCUUUCCUGCUAACCUACAAGCCUGUAUCGGUCAUGGCAUAAUGGCAAAAAGUGAAGAUGUUGUUUUGGUUGCCAUGGAGCAUUCCAAUGUUUCACGGUUUCGAUUCCAAUCUGAAGGCUGUCCUCACAUUAUAAUUGACAUGAUUUAUGAAGGACAGAAAUCAAAAAUAGUAAUAAUGAGUUCUAUUGAUGAUCUAACAUAUGAUGCCACAGUUGAUGCAUGUAGCAAAUUUUUACAUGCUUUUUGUGACUGUUUGUUGAGAAAAGCCAACACAUUACGUAACCUUGAACGUGCAUUUGCCGUUCCAUGUUGUGUUCCUAGUAAGGAGCCUCAUCUUCUUUAUUGUGAUCAGGAUUUUGACCUCUGUGAUGAAUGCAUGCAAGCAACUCCACAAAGGAACUUCCGCUCAUGUUGGAGAGAUGCAGUAAAAAAAUGUCGGCACUUAAAUGAAGAAAAAGCAUCUGGUAUGAAAAAUCCCGCUAUUGAGACAUCUGAGGAAACUGUCAAUAUAAGUGAAACAGAUAUAAUUGAUCUUGCUCAAGAAUUAGGCAUAAGUGAUACUUCUGUAGUCAUUAAAGAUAAACAAAAAGCAAUCAUGAACAUUGUAUCAAUGUGGAACAAAAAGAGAAAGGGAAGUCAAUAAAUUUUAUGUGAGAUCAGUAAUCUACUGACAUACAUGCAUGUACAUACUCACACAGCUUUUAAGAUUUAUUUUUUCAAGUGUAUUAGGAAUUAAUUAUUUUUUGAAUAAAUAUAAUUAUUAAUUACACAAUGUACCGCUAUAGUUAUGCUGAGUCAUUUUCUUUGCAAAUUUUACUUUGUAGUUUUUAAAA